AUGCCGACGACAUCAACUUCGAUCCUAUCGCGCAGCGCAGGAUGCAUCAGAUGGGAAUGCCUCACAAUUGCCCAACGUUUGGGUGUUGCCCUGGGUGCCGUAGUUCUAUUUCUCGUCGUCUCACUGGUCUACAUGUACAGCUUGGGCCGUGCUUGUGUGGCCAACAAAGAAAGGAAAUCACAUGGCAUCACAAAACAAGGAAACACUUGCGGCUGGAGUCAUGGACUUCCUGUCAGCGUCUCGGCUCAGAUGUCAACUGCGCAAAACCAACUCAUAGCAUGGCAAGCCGUAGCCAGUCACCAGCUGCCCAAUUUCACGUUUCCGCCGCCUCCCGUUUUUUAUCACGGCAUGCCUUUGGUGCCGUCCACGUAUCAACAAUAUCCGAGCCAAUAUUCGGCUCGAUAUCAGCAGACUAACAUGGCCGGUGGUUCAGCUCCGCCAACACGACAGCCAUGCCGCCAGACAAGACACUCCUGUACCGCAGUGAGGACUCGUGCAGAGUCCCCGGAGUGGCUUCGUCGGUUGAAUCAGACAUUACCGGCUUCGACUGGAAAGGCAUCGACGAUCCAAACGGACUCGGGUCCAGAGAGCCCGGUCAGCGUUCACCACCGUCAAUCCGCAUCCAGACGAGACACCAUUGAUCCAAGUCAAUGUUCACGCAAGAAAAGUCAAACCAAGAGAGAGCGACGACGACGUGGAGAAGAGAAGACGCAGGACCAUGGGUUCGAAGAUCCAGAAGCAGCAUCUAUCCGAUCAAACGCGGCAACUGUAUACAGCGAUGAUUUUCAAAUUAUUGGCCCUGCGUCUUCCGUUAAAGCCAGUCAGGUAUGUCUCGGGUGA